UUCAUCUGGCAGUGGAACUCUGUUAUGUCCUGCCAUGUUUGGCGAUUCAGAAAUAUGCGUUAACUCUUCAGGUGCUGCAUACGGUGUGUACACAUAGGAGGGGUUUCGAUUUAAGGACAUUUGCAACGAUACUCAUUCCAGCAGAGGCCUUACUGGUCUGGAGACGUUUUCUACUUACCAACUUCCUCAUGUGGUGCUGUCCUCAUUUCAGUUUUUCCUCCUCUUUCUUUUUCCUCCAUCUCUCUCUGUUCAUACGCACACCACUCUUCCAUGCAUCCUUAUAAGGCCUUGGAGGCCAUUGUCAGGCUUCACACUUCACAGUGUUGCCCAAGCUCAGAAUAAACUAUUUAGGUGUUAAGGGAUAAGAGAGGCAUGCAAAUCAUUUUUAAUUGGACAAAGUGCUCCUUUCCAUGCCAAAACUGGUCUGAUGUUUUCUGUAUUUUAGUAGUCUUGAUGCGCUUAAGAUGAAAGAGAAGAUUUGUAUUAGAGACGACGAGAGAAGUUUGAAAACGGUCAUGGAACUCAACAUGAGGUUUAAGAAACUAUAUUGUAUACAUGUUAAAGUCCUUAAACUUUGUCUCUUCCUCCUAAUAUCAAGUCAUGUCUGUUUAAGUCAUGGUGAUGGAAAGAGUAUACUUGCGAGCAGGAACACGUCUUUCGCUCAUGCUGAUAUUUAAUACUGUAGUGUAAACGAUGCAGAUAGGUCAAGUGAAGCCCUACUGUAUUGCUUUCAUGGAGCGUCAUCGGAACACAUCAAUCGACACGGGGCUUCAGUAAUUCCUUACGGUGAGUAAAUGGUAUUUGAUCCUACUGAAAGCAGAAUAAGUAGUGUGUCGAAACAGAAUUAAAAAAAAAAAUGCCAGAUCAGUGUUACAUGCUGAAAAAUGACGACAUUAAAUUAACUGGUAUAGAUUUUGUGGCUCAUGUUAGUAAAGCGACUGGCACCGAAUGUGUUAAAGAGUGCGCAUCUGCGUGAAGGAUGCGAUGCCCACAGCGGCUGUGCAUUGAUUCCCAGUCCAAGCACCAUGGCCGGGGAUGGCACUGAUGAAGAAACGCCACACCAAAGCACGGCGAUGCAGGAAAGGCGUACAGAGGGAAAUAUGAGGAGUGAUCUAGAGGCUCCAGCAUCUCCAGGAAUAGAGGGUGCUGCCAUCAGGUGCAGGGAUGUGUGUCGCUCUUAUGGCAAGCUGAAGGUCCUGAGCAGCCUAAACCUGACUGUACCGCAAGGACAGAUUUAUGGCCUCCUUGGACCCAGUGGAUGUGGGAAGACCACCCUGCUGAAAUGCAUUGUGGGAACCCUCAAGAUUUCCCGGGGCCACAUCACCGUCUUGGGCAAGCCUCCGGCCUUCCCUGGCCACCAGGUCCCGGGCAGGAUGGUUGGCUACAUGCCCCAGGACAUUGCCUUGUACAGUGAGUUCACCAUCAGCGACACCCUAUGGUUCUUCGGGCGGAUACAUGGCCUCACCACUGAAGAAACACGGGCCAGGAUGGACUUCCUUAUCGAUUUCCUGGAUCUGCCUCAAAAAAACAGCCUCGUCAGAAAUCUCAGUGGCGGGCAGAGGAGACGAGUGUCUCUCGGAGCAGCGCUUCUGCAGAACCCCAGACUAUUGAUUCUGGAUGAACCCACAGUUGGAGUUGACCCGGUCUUGAGGGCAAGGAUCUGGCAGCAUCUGGUAGACAUUGUGAAGGGAGGGCAGGUGUCGGUCAUCAUCACCACACAUUACAUCGAGGAAGCCAGACAAGCCACCACAGUAGGUCUGAUGCGAGGUGGGAGACUCCUGGCUGAAGCUCCCCCAGAGGAUGUGAUGAAACAGCACAACUCACUGACGCUGGAGUGUGCCUUCCUGCAGCUGUGUGAGGACUCGGACCAGGUGGUGUCCAAACAGGAGAGUAGCUCAGAGGGUAAACUCAUGGUGGACAGCCAGACCCCGGAGAGCUGCCGAGACGAGAGCCACCCCAUCCUGAGCUCAGGGAAGAGCUCCUCACCGGCAGACGAAGCGCCCAGAUUUACAGCGGACUGGAAGGUGAGGGUGACACACGUGAUGCCAAAGUGGCGGAACAUUGCUGCUCUGGUGAUCAAGACAAUGGUACGGAUGAAGAGGAUGCCAGGGUCCCUGUGUUUCCAGUUCCUGCUUCCUGUUAUCCAGAUCUCUCUCAUGUGUUUAUGCAUCGGUGGGGAUCCCAAGGGUAUUCAGGUGGCCGUGGUGAACAACGAAACCAGCCCAUACUCCUUAAGCCGAUCGCUCCUCUCCUUCCUGGACAACUCUAGCAUCAUCCAGGUCAACCUGUCCCAUGCGGAAGCCUUUGCUGGCGCCCAUAAUGGGGAAUAUUGGGGAGUUAUAGAGUUUGGCAAAAACUUCACCAGCUACUUGACCAAGAGAAUGCUGAACCCCCGGACUUCAGAGGAGGUGGUGGAUGGCGGUUCUGUGCAUGUCUGGUUGGACCUCACCAAUCGUCAAAUUGCAUUAAUGCUGCAGAAGAAGCUUCACGAUGCCUUUGAGGGGUUUGUCCAGGCAAAACUGGGUACUAUGGCUUAUAUGGUGGCUCCACCUAUUAAGUUCGAGGAGCCCAUUUAUGGCAGCAACAACACAGAUUUCACCACCUUCGUCACACCAGGGGCUGUUCUGAGCAUCACCUUCUAUCUGGCUGUUGGACUGACUGCUUUGUCGUUUGUGCUGGAGAGGAAAGAGGGCAUGCUGGACAGGUGUUGGGUUGCAGGCGUGAGCUCCCUGGAGACCAUGCUAGCACACCUGUUCUCUCAGCUCCUGGUCAUCAGCGUCCAGAUCGUCCUGUUGCUCAUCUUCAUCAUCCUCGUCUUCAAAAUUCCUAAUGAGGGUUCUCUGGUGCUGGUCAUCGCUUUAAUAGUUCUGCAAGGGGUGACAGGAAUCUCCUUUGGAUUGGUCAUCUCCUCCGCCAUCGACGAUGAGCAGUCUGCCAACCAGGCCGCCCUUGGUGUCUUCUACCCCAAUCUCAUAGUCAGCGGUGUGAUCUGGCCGGUAGAGUGCAUCCCGUACCCCCUCCGCUACAUCAGCUUGGCUCUGCCUCAGACCUACGCCUCCGAAGCCCUGCGUUGCAUCAUGUACAGAGGAUGGGGUCUUACGCGGCUGAUGGUAUGGAGGGGUUUCGCCGUCACUCUUGGCUGGAACACGUUCUUCCUCAUCCUGGCCACAGUCAUCCUCAAGCUGAGGUCGUGAAGUCACCUCCCCAACAAGACGUGUCGGGGGCGAGGGAGAGCCACGUCAGGCAAGACCCAGGCUCCGCGGCCCGGUGUAGGCCUCUCCCUCCACAACAACACUGGGCCUCCGGAAAUGAAAACAAGGGUGAAUGUCUGGGCUUGUCAGUCAGAACCACAGUUCUCCCUGUCUUUGUCAGCCGUGUCUCACUGGCAGCUUCAGAGCAAAACACACCUUAU